UUUAAAGCAUCACUUACGCAUCGUCGCCAAUCAUUAUAACACAUUUUUUAUUGCCGCGACUCAUCUCGAAAUAUUAUCGCAUUAAAGCAGUUAAACUUAUAUAACGCAUUUUUUUAUCUGGAUGAACUUUGUGGUUGGAUCGUGAUAUUUUUUAUUAAGGGAAUAGCCGGGAAAUUCGCAGCGCCACCAUGAAGUUCAUAAUAUCCCAGUUGUCCUGCCUAACGUUCCUCUUCUGCUCAGUUAACGCUCGCACUCUUGCUGAUCUCGAAGAUUACUUCUCCGGUCUCGAAGCCCGACAAGCUGCCGUUGCCGGCUAUGCAUCGACAAUGGCGCCCACCCAGCCCCCGGCGACCCAACCCCCGAUGACGCAGCCCCCCAUGACACAGCCCCCAAUGACCAUGCCUCCUCCCACCGGGCCUCCUCCCAGCGGACCUCCUCCCUCCGGUCCUCCUCCCACCGGGCCUCCUCCCACCGGUCCUCCUCCCAGCGGUCCUCCUCCUACCCAGCCCCCGAUGACCCAGCCGCCAGUGACCCAGCCACCGAUGACAACGGUCUACCAGCCUACCACAAUGCCCGUUGUCACGACCACCCCGGCCAUGAUGACCACGGCCGGAUAUGGCAUGUCUUAUGGAUCGAGUAACGCCAUGCAGUCCAGCUACGGCUCCAGUUACGGGAGCUCCAGUGGCAGCAGCAGCGGGAGUUCCGGUUCAUCGUCGUCGGGCGGGUCCUCAGCGGCGUUGCCGUCGCAGUUGGCGUAUGUCUUUGGUUUCGCUCCGCCCCGCGUAAGUCCGACAACGAAAAGCACUUAA